ACACAAACCACGCACUCCCUCACAGAUCCUUCCAUCAAUUUCAGCGUCGCGACGUGCACCCAGCGUUGAUAGUCGCUAUAAAAUAGAAGCGUCAAAUAAUCCUAAAAACUCCUCCUCACCGACGAGCAUCGCUGUAAAAUAGGACAGGUGGAGAUUUAAGGAAAGAAGAUGAACAAAGUUACUAAGAUCCAAACAAACGCAUCAACUACUGGGAUAGACAUGCCUCCUUGCUUUAAGGUGACCGUGUUCGAGCAGGAGCAUUUCCAAGGCAAAUGUCAGGAGCUCACCUCAGAGUGCCGCAACAUCCAGGAGCGUGGGUUUGACAACAUCCGCUCUAUCCGCGUGGAGAGCGGCGCCUGGUUGGGAUACGAGCACCAUGACUUCCAGGGGCAGCAGUUUGUCCUGGAAAAAGGAGAAUAUCCUCAUUGGGACGCCUAUAGCGGCAGUCUGGGCUACCAUGUGGAGUGGAUGAUGUCACUGCGCCCCAUCUGCAGCGCUGACCACCAGAGCAGCCGCAUGGUCAUCUAUGAGAAGGAGAACUUCCUGGGCCGUAAUGUAGAGCUGUGUGACGAUUACCCAUCUCUUCAGGCCAUGGGCUGGUGUGACAAGCAAGUGGGCUCCAUGCAUGUGCAGUGUGGCGCCUUUGUGUGUUACGAGUACCCUGGCUAUCGAGGACAGCAGUACGUUAUGGAGUGUGACAGGCACAGCGGAGACUAUCAGCACUGGAGGGACUGGGGCUCCCACUGCCAGACCCCUCAGAUCCAGUCCAUCCGCAGAAUCCAGCAGUAAUGCCUGAGGCGAACAGAAGGAAACGGGAAGCGUGCAGAGUCACACCGGUCAUUCUAGAAGCAGUCACUUUAUGAGGUGCAGUGUGGAAAAUUGUAAGACCUUCACUGGUUGCACUUAUGGUACUAGUAAAUGAUGGAAAUAAAACAAAAAAAAUCUACACAUUUACAGAUACACAUCAAUUCUCGUUCAAGAAAAUGCACUAGCUCACAUUAAUAAAUGCAUAUACAUGCCCACAUGUGAUCCAAGGUAAAGUGGUAGCAUGUAUGAAAAAUAUUCAUAAGAGGCUAAUAUUCUAUACAACAGAAGCACAGUGGUGGACACUGGAGAGUAGAAAUCUGUCAAUCAAGGCAAGAUGUGUAUCUGUAUAUGCAAACAUGUCACGUCUCUGUGACGUUUGAGUGCCAUAUGAGGACAGAUGGGAGUGUGUGUUAAAGCAUUCUGAGGAGAGGUUUACAAAUAAAUACAUACUCACCUCAAACUAGCAUCUUUGUCUUUUCAUCUGAUCUCAAAAAUAUUGUAACAGUACUCAUCAUUUUACACUCAAGAUUUCAGACUACAUAUAUAAAACAUGUUUAAAAACACUAUUACAACAGACGUGAAACACCUGCAAAUCACUACACUAUUUUUUUUUUUUUACUGUUUUUCCCAUUCUGACCACUUUUCAGAGCAAUAAGGCAAUAAAAAGGGAAAUCGUACUUUAGCGUCAAUGCAUGCUCAAUUAUUUCUAUUUGUCUGAAAUCCAAACUCACAUGGGGCAGUUCACAGAGAAUGCACUAUUGCAUCCCACCGUUUAUGUAAACAUGAUGUGCUACAUAUUUGGCUGGUACACUGGGUUAGAGUCUUGCAUCUUUUGCAGUAUCUCACACAACCCAAGCAACUUUUUGUUUGUCAAUGUGACCAACUUGCUUGGAAAAAUUCACACAAAAUUUUCAGUCAUAUUGAUUCCUAUUGAAAAAAAUUAUUUUCCCUGUGAAAAUUCACCUGAACAGUGGUAAAUGUGAAAAAAUAAAAUAAAAUGCAGCUACAGUUGUGUAAAAAUGUGUUCA